AUGUCGUUCUCAGCACUUGUUUGCGGCGUCUCUGAAGAGUUUCAGUCGGCAGUAGAUCAGCUACUGGGCUACCUCGCUCAACGAUACUCUUUCACCUUCCAAACGCUUCCCUCAUCAACACUCCAACUGAUGAACGUGCCAGUUGAAGCUUACCCGAGUCUCAACGAUUUGGCAACCAGCCAUGGUGCUCAGCUUCAAGUGGUUUGCCAGCGCCAGCAACUCGGGACAAGCAGUUUCGGGCGCGCAGAGUUGGUACAGCCCGCCAGUCGAGGUGCCAGUAAGGAUCGAGUCGAGAUAGGUCAUGGCCUGCCUGCACAAGCUUCGUUGCCUGCGCCGGAUGAUGGUAGCCGUCCGCCUCCUGAGCCGCUAACGCGGUCAAAGUCGCGGAAGCGUACUCGGGAGACGACGAGCGACACUUCAUUCGCACAGGCAGCACUAGCUGGCACAAGCCGUGUGCCCGUCUUGGCGCGACCUCACUAUCCCAGUAGGCAAGCCAAACGCUCUCGCACAUCCAACGGCUCGACCUCUGCGAGAGUGGCAUCGCCUCACAAUAUGGGAAAAGGGACCAGACGACUCGUAGAUGACGAGGACUUUGAGAUACUCAGUAUCUCCAAUACAAAUUCAUCUACCACCAGCAUUUCAGUCCAUGGAGAGGUGGAGGCCAGUGAGCAAGACACACCCGAGGCAGAAGAGACCAGCGAAACAAAGGACCAUGAAGAUGAAGAGGUGGUAGCGACGCCCUCGUCUCAGAUAUGGGAGCUUGAGAACGCUCAGUUUAGAGCCGUGCCAUCUUCCAAAGCCCGACCAGCUUUACUGAGGAGCAAGGGGGUGCGCGCUGCUGGUGCUGCUGCUGAGAGAGCGCACGAACAGCCGGAUGGCUCUGCUCCUCAAAGCUCACGACUUGCGGUGAGAUGCGCGGCGUCGAGCCCGCAGAAGUUGCUGACGUCGUCUGCACAGAAUACCGGCACAGUGGGCGGAGCUACUCAAGAGACCACAGCUCCUCGAGGAUUGCAAUCGGCUUCUACCAGCCAACGUUGUUCACUGAACAGCUUCUCAACUCAGCAAAUGUCAUGCAUGCCGGCCAACGAAGGUGACACUGCUGCAUCGUCGUUGCGCUUGCCACAGCUCCCGCCUGGACACAGCCAGGAAUUGGCCGCUUUGCGCAUACAGUCGCUUGACGUACUGUCAGGCACCGCCAAUUUGCUCCACGCUGACGAACCCAGGCAUUCCACGAACGUCGACAGCACGCAAAGAAUUCCUGGAGGAUCGUCGACGCAUGUCGCCACCACUAGAAAUCCCUCUCGAAGAUUCGUAAGAGAUAGGGCUCGCGUCACCGCUGCCAAUGCUAAAAAGUCUGGACUGUCCCCUCGCACCCUCGCGAGACGUAACGCUGGAGAAUACGAACUAGAUGACUUCGUUGUGCUCGACUCCGCCUCUGACGUGAGUCUCAACGACGAAGAAAGCGAAAUGGAAGCCGUCUCGCCUAUCACUCCUCAGGCACACUCUUUCGGCAUACACCGCGUCAUCAGAAGUGCUGCUUUACAAGCGCGACCCAUCGAUCUGUCCGGCUCGUCGGCAAUCACAUCUAGAGCAGUCGUGUCAUCUAGUGCCAGCGGCUCAAGACCACGAGAUAUUGCUCCUUUGGCUAGACGUGAUCCCUUUGCUGGCACCACGUACACGUUAAGAAACGGGCGUCGCGUGGCUUCCCAUGUCAUCUACGAUACAAGGCUGAGCGCAGAAGAGUGGCACAAUCAAAUGUGCGAGGUGUACAAAGCGAAGGAAGACACCGCCUUGGCUUGGACGGAUGGCAGCAGGAAGCAGGGUGGGACGGCCUCAGCAGCUGCGGUAUUUGAGAAAUUUCCGACGCAGUUGGAGCGCUUGCCGAAUGGCUCCUCCGCCUUGACAGCUGAGUUGCACGCCAUCUACAUGGCUGUGCUGACGGCAUCGCACCACUCUAUAGGACGUCUUGUGGUCUUCUCAGACUGCCAAGCAGCCAUCUUGGCUGUUGCGGACAGGGAUGAGAACACCUGGCUCAAGACCGUGUACUGGCCGAGGGCGAGCGACCCUCGAGCAGAGAACAGGCUCAAAGCGACCCGUCAUUUGAUCAACGAGCUGAAGAAGACCAAAGUCAUCCUAAUAUGGGUUCCUGGCCACAACGGAGUGCCGAACAAUGAGAUGGCGGACUCAGCGGCCAACUUUGCCGGCAAGCAUUGUCCCGAGCGCAGUUGUUGCGAGUUUUUCGGUACUGCAGAAGAGCUUCCAGGAACAAGCUGCGAGCCAGCGAUACCCCCCUCUAUUGCUUCGUAUCCAUUCACUUUCACGGCCUCCCUGCCCCGUGGUUCUGGCGGUUUUGCUGCCAUUGCACCAUCCAAUCUACCAACACCAAACUCGAGAGAGCAUGCCCCGCCUGGACGGCUCUCCACAAGCCUCGGCGCACAAACGAACAGCGUGCCAAAUGCCUCAGCACCUCUCGGCGGAAAUGUUCCCGCGCAACGCUACGACCUCAGGUCUGGCCAUCCAAGCCUACGCAGAAACCCACCUAG